AUGGUUCAAGCUAAAUCAAAAAUUUCCAAUAAUAUCGACGCAGGUGCUCAAGGAUUGUUCAUACAGGACGGAAACUUUGAUCUACAUACAUUAUCACGAUAUCCUGAUCGAAUAUAUCUACGUUCAAUUGAUAACAUACCAAUUGAAAAUGCUACUUACAUUUUGAAUAUUUCGGAUCAUAGAUCUCGUCGAAGAAGCUUGUCGGACAAAAACGGACAAAAUGAGUCUCAUAGCUCUGAUCGUAGCCAUAUUGACACUCAUAUGGACAAUCUUUCAGCCAAUUUACUCACAAUAGAUCAAGAAACAGAUUCAAAUAAAAUAAGAAAAAGAAAAACAUUAAAAGAUUAG